UAUUUGGGCACUAAUCUUAUUAUUCCUAGAAGUAGAGAUAAAUGUUUUGAUACUUCUAUUAAAAGAAUGCAGAGCAGACUACCAGGAUGGCAAGGAAAGUUAAUAAAUCAAACAGGAAGAGCAGUUCAGAUUCAAUCCACUUUAAGCUCCACUGUUCAGUAUCAAAUGGAAAUUUUUAUGCUUCCUGACAAAACCCACAAGAAGAUAAAAUCAGAUUCAAAGAAAGUACUUCUGGAAUCAUCAGAAGAACAAGGGUUAUAAUCCUAAAAGCUGGUCUUCUGUCUGCAACAGCAAAAAGUCAGGGGGGUUAGGUUUUAAAGAUUCAAAAAAAUUUAACAUUGCUCUGUUGGCUAAGUUAACUUGGAGAUUGCUUACUCAGCCUCAAGCUGAGUGGGUUAAGGUUCUAAAAGCUAUUUAUGUUAAGAAUAAAGACUUACUUACUGAAGAUACUUCUAAAAAGAAUUCUUCUUGGGUCUGGCAAGGUAUUCAGCAUGGGUUGCAGGUUGUUAAGCAACAUUAUAUUUGGGAAAAUGGAGAUGGUAAUUCUGUCAAGUCACUUCAGCAUAAUUGGUUUCCUAGCUUCAAUCAGCAUGAAGGUGAUAGAAUUAACCAGCAAAAUAUGAAUACAGAUAUGAAGGUUGCUGAGUUAAUGCAAGCAGAUGGUAAAAUUUGGAAUACUCAACUUUUAAACCAAUAUUUCUCUUCUGAGCAGAUUAGAGAGAUUACUUCAAUUAGAAUUCCUAAACAAGGUCAAGACAAGUUAAGAUGGUCACUUACUUCUUGUGGAGCAUUCACUACUAAAUCUACAUAUAAUGAACUCACUAAGCAUAAUAAAGGAGCUUCUACUCUACAUCAUAUGGAGGGUAAGGGAUGGUUAAAAUUGUGGCAUUUGGAAGUUGCACAUAAAGUUCAAAUGUUCUUAUGGAAGUGCUGUCAAGAUAUAUUACCAGUUAACCAGAGAUUAUUCAAUAAAAGAGAUACUAUGCAUCAAUUGUGUCCAAUGUGCCAACUUCAUGAAGAAUCAAGAAAAUUUGUGGGGGCAAUGGCUUACUCAGCAGUAGCCAGGAAUAUCAAUCAAGCUGAAGUGUUAGUUCUCUUGCAAGCUCUUCAUUGGAUCAAGCAGUUAGAUUAUAAGCAAGUGAUUAUUGAAGGAGACAACUUGGCUGUGGUUAAUUGCUGCAAUGGGGAUUUUAAUAACUUUAAAUGGGAAGAUCAACAUCUCCUUCAAGAAUGUCAAUCUUUGCUUAGUAGGUUAGAGUCUAGUAUAGUUUCUUUUCAAAGAAGGAUGUGUAACCAAGCAGCUGAUAAGCUUGCAAAGUUUGCUAGAACUAGUAUUCAUUUUCAAAUUUGGUGGAAUGAUCCUCCAAGCAUUAUCUACGAGAGUCUAGUUCAGGAUAACCUUAAGGGUUAUCAUAGUUAGGGAGUCUGUUUUUU